AUGCCCAUCGCCGCCCAUCGGUACGCGGCGGGGUGCCGGCGUGGCUCACCGCAGCCGUCAGGUGCUGCGGACCCGCCCGCCGGAGCUUCCGGGCGCGCGUGGCAACGUCCGCGUUUCCUCUGGAAACGAAUCCGGCCCCGCUGGAGGAGCGCGGCGCGGCGAUCACGGAGCGAGCGGCGGCGGGGGCUAAGCGGCCCCCGGUCCCCCCGCCUCCCUGCUUCCCCUUCUUCCCCGCUCCCCCCGCUUCCCCCCGCUGCCGCCGCUCCCGCGCCUUCACCAGGCGUGCGGGGACUCCGCAGGGGGCGGAGGCGUCUCGCUUGUUUACCGGGGACCCGCACGCUCGUCACCAGGCGGGCCGCGCCCCGGGAUCAAUGGGAGCCUUUCUCUCCCCGCUGCCAGGGGGAGCCGCCUCCCCGCCCGCCUCGGGAACGGCGGGGGAAGCCUCCCUUUGCACAUGCCCAGGAGGAAAACCGAGUCUGGGGUCACGCGAACAUCCAUCCGCGCCUUCCCGUCUACCCUCUCAGUGCCGCCAGGACACGCUUUCAUUCGUCGUUCUGCGACGAACCUGUAGCAACCGGUUUUGCGUGUAAAGCCGAGGGAAAAAACAAACAACACAAACAAGCAAACAAGGUUAAAAAAUACGAAAGCAAUGCGGCGCCUGCCGCUGCCGUUGUGCGGGGCUGCGGCCGAGCGCUCUCCAUAUUCCCGGCGGAGCAGGCGGCGGGGCCGACCGCAGCCCGCACCGCUGCCGCCGCUCUGCUCCCUCCUGCCCGAAAUUCUCCGCGGUUUGGGUCAUAAUAAUCCAUUUAGAAAUCAACAGCUGUAACUGGGGGGGGGGGAGGAGAGGAAGUGUGUUUGGAAAAGACCACCUCACUGUAAAUACCGGUACGUCGCAAU